UUAGUAACUAAGCAGCAGGAAAAGAGAAAAAAAAGGAAAACACCCACUUUCAAGUCGGUUUUAUGCUGUAAGCAGGAAGCAACAUGGAUGAGCUCGAUCUGCUGCUGGAAGAGCUGGCCCUGAAUACAGCCGCCCCAAAGAGUGACAAAGAGAACGUGGGGAAUGUUGAGGUGCCCGGUGCAGGCCACACUGGACUCAGCCAGAAGGACAAAGGCUCAGUCCGCUCAAAUGUCUACAGUGAUCUCCCAGCCCCUGUGGCAGCUUCUGAGGAGCCUGACUCCCCCACCAAGGAGCUGGACUCCAUCUUGCAAUCUAUGAUGAGUCUGGGAGAAGAGGAUGCAGCGUCUUCAACAACCCCACCACCGCUCACACAGAAGAAGUCGGUGAAAAAAAAAACAGAGUUCGAGAAGCAGCAGAACAAGGAGAGCAGCAGCUCAGAAGGUUCAGACGCUCGGACCAAGAGAACAGACACCAUAGACGACCUGCUCGGGGGACUGAGCUCUGACCUGGAGAAGAUUGGCGUUCGCACCACAGCCAAGGGCCACUGUGCUUCCUGCAACAAAUGCAUUUCGGGAAAGAUGAUCACAGCACUGGGUGAAGUGUGGCACCCUGAACACUUUGUGUGUUCGGUUUGUAAGACGGAGCUGAGCACCACAGGCUUCUUUGAGAGAGAGGGACAGCCGUACUGUGACAAAGACUACCAGCACCUCUUCUCUCCUCGCUGCGCUUAUUGCAAAGGGCCCAUUCUGCAGAACAUCCUGACAGCCCUGGACCAGACCUGGCACCCCGAGCACUUCUUCUGUAUGCACUGUGGAGACCGCUUCGGACCUGAAGGUUUCCUGGAGAAGGACGGGAAGCCAUAUUGUUGCAGGGACUUCUACCAGCUCUUUGCUCCCAAGUGCUCCGGCUGUGGGGAGUCGGUGAAGGAGAACUACCUGACGGCAGCCAAUGGCACCUGGCAUCCAGAGUGCUUCGUCUGCGCAGACUGUCUGAAGCCUUUCACCAACGGCUGCUUCAUGGAGCUGGACGGGCGGCCCCUCUGCUCGCUGCACUUCCACUCCAGGCAGGGCACCCUGUGCGGCGGCUGCAGCGAGCCCAUCACGGGCCGCUGCAUCUCCGCCCUCGAUCGCAAGUUUCACCCCGAGCACUUUGUGUGCGCCUUCUGUCUGCGGCAGCUCAGCCAGGGCAUCUUCAAGGAGCAGACGGGGAAGCCGUACUGCACGGCCUGCUUCAACAAACUGUUUGUGUGAGGCGCGCAGGAUGCAAACACACAAAUAAUGCAAAGGAAACAAACUGUAUCACUGCCAUUGUUGAAAUUAGGCAACUAUGCUAUUAUUUGCAUUGGUACAGAGGAGCAACUCUUCACAUUUCACUCUCAAGUGAUUUUGGAUACUGAUAUGAUCAAUUACAUGGUUAAGUAAGAUGGGGAAUGAGCUGUAAAUGCAAACACUGUGCCAUAAUUAAUGACAUGGUUGUAAAACACAAGGGAUAUACUUGUUUCAUUUUUUAAAGAUAUUAAAAAAAACUUUCUCAUGUGAA